AUGGGCAAGCUCAAUUACUUCGGCCUUCGGGGCAAGAGCCUUAACUGGGCCAUCAGUGUCAUCGCAGGAUGUGACUUUUUGCUUUUCGGAUAUGACCAGGGUGUCACCGGUGGUAUCCUCACCCUCCCGGCCUUCCAGUCUCAGUUCCCUACCAUCGACCCGGAGCCCAAGGGCAUCAGCGUCGGUCUCACCACCAGCCAGCGGUCUACCAACCAAGGUAUCGCCGUCGCCUCCUACAACCUGGGCUGCUUCCUCGGCGCCAUCAUCGCCAUCUUCAUCGGUAACCCUCUCGGCCGCAAGCGCAUGAUCAUUCUCGGCACCGCCAUCAUGGUCAUUGGCGCCGCUCUCCAGGCUUCUGCCUUCUCCAUCGAGCACCUCAUCAUCGGACGCAUCAUCACCGGCCUCGGAAACGGCGGCAACACAUCGACGGUUCCUACCUGGCAAUCCGAGACGUGCAGUUCUCACAAGCGCGGUAAGCUCGUCAUGAUCGAGGGUGCCCUCAUCAGCGGUGGCAUCAUGAUCUCCUACUGGAUCGACCUCGGCAUGUCCUUUGCUCCCGGCUCCGUAUCGUGGCGUUUCCCCCUGGCCCUGCAGAUCCUCUUCUGCGUCUUCAUCCUGGCCUUCGUUUGGAACCUGCCCGAGUCCCCCCGCUGGCUCAUCCUCAAGGGCCGCGAUCAGGAGGCUAAGGAGGUCAUCGCCGCCAUCGCCGACCUGCCCGAGGACGACGACUACUGCAAGAACGAGUACGUUGUCAUGAAGAAGACGGUCGAGGAGAUGUCCAAGGGCAGCUUCAAGGAUCUCUUCACCAUGGACAAGAACCGCAAUUUCCACCGCACCUGCAUCGCCUACGUCAACCAGAUGUUCCAGCAGAUCUGCGGUAUCAAUCUCAUCACCUACUACGCCGCCGUCAUCUACUCCGGCCUGGGCAUGUCCCGCUUCAUGUCCCACUUGCUGGCCGCUCUCAACGGCACCGAGUACUUUAUUGCUUCCUGGCCCGCCGUCUUCUUGGUUGAGCGUGUCGGCCGCCGCAAGCUCAUGCUUUUCGGUGCUGUCGGCCAGGCACUCACCAUGGCCAUCCUCGCCGGUGUCAACUCUCAGUCGACGUAUGCCUGCCAGAUCACCGGCAUCGUGUUCCUCUUCGUCUUCAACACCUUCUUCGCCAUCGGCUGGCUCGGCAUGACUUGGCUCUACCCCGCCGAGAUCGUCCCUCUGCGUAUCCGCGCUCCCGCCAACGCCCUCUCGACCUCUGCCAACUGGAUCUUCAACUUCAUGGUCGUCAUGAUCACCCCCGUCGCCUUCGACACCAUCAAGCACCACACCUACACCAUCUUCGCCAUCAUCAACGCCAUCAUCGUCCCCGUCACCUACUUCUUCUUCCCUGAGACCGCCUACCGCUCCCUCGAGGAGAUGGACUCCAUCUUCGCAAAGGCUGCUCCCGGUGUCAAGGGCGCCUUCGAUGUGGUCGAUGUUGCCCGCAAGGAGCCCCACCGCUAUGGCAAGAACGGCGAACUUCUCAUCCACUACGAGGAUGACAAGGAGAACGGCCAUGCUACCACUCGCGAGAACCGCCGCGAGGGCAGCACCAGCAGCAGUGAGCCCAACGGCUUGUGGGCCCGCCAGGACGAGGAGACCCAGAACGUCGAGAAGUCGGAGAAGUCUUGA